GGCGGUUCUCAUGCUUCCUCCCCCAAGAUUUUUCAUCUUAAUUUAUAUAUGAUAAUGGUUUGAAGGACCACUUCAACUCCAUACUCCCAAGUCUCCAUAUGUCCUCCCCAGAUUCCUUUACUGAACUUUCGCCUGGUCAAAACCCUCCUUCAAACUUUGCUACCUUCGUUCUCGCCGUUCUCAAGCGUAUGAACCGCGAAAAUCCUCAUGCCAUCGACCAAGCAGUACUUCGAAAAUGUAUUGCUCUAUCAUCAUCCUACCUCGUCGGUGACACUUGCAUGGACCCCGACAACGGGAUACAAACCUGGUUCACUGGAUUCAGUCACCUAGUCGACGUCGUCGUAGCCCUUCAUGCCAAAGAUCAGCUAGAACUAGAAACUAUCAAUGCCGCCUCCAAAGCUUGUUCGGAAUGCUGGACUGUAGGUGGGGCGUGGCGCGGCCUUGAAGUAUGCCGAGAUGGUGUUCGAAAAUUAGCCCCGAAGCUAAAGCGGUUGUUGGAUGAGAAUGGAAGAACAUAUCGAGGAGAGCGUGUCUACGCUCCGUGA